UGCAACACAGAGACAGUACUGCUUCACUCAAGAAAAGCCAGAGAGAGAGAGAGAGAGGCUAAGGCUAGUAGAAACAAAAAAUAAAUAAAUAAAUCGAAUGGGUAGUGAAACACGGAGCCUGACGGCUAAGAUCUGCGACUCGUGCAAGGCGGCCCCGUCGACGGUGUUCUGCCGCGCGGACUCCGCCUUCCUCUGCGUUGCGUGCGACGCCAACAUCCACGCCGCCAACAAGCUCGCGUCCCGCCACGCCCGCGUCUUGGUCUGCGAGGUCUGCGAGCACGCCCCCGCCGCCGUCACCUGCAAGGCCGACGCCGCAGCCCUCUGCCCCGCCUGCGACCGCGACAUCCACUCCGCCAACCCCCUCGCCCGCCGCCACGAACGCCUCCCCCUCGCCCCAUUCUACCACGCCAAGCCCCCCGCCGACGACUUCUCCGAGGAGGAGGAGGCGGAGGCCGCCUCUUGGCUCCUCCUCCCCAACGCCAUCGACAAGCCCGAAGAAUCCGGGUCGCCCGAGUACCUGUUCGCCGACACGAACCCCUAUGUGGACAUGGAUCUGAUCGGCGACGAGCACCACGAGCCGCGCAAUCGGUACUCCGCCGACGGAGUUGUCCCCGUGCAGAGCAGUAAGACCGAGUUUGGGCCGGUCCACUACCCAGAACCGGUUGUGGAUGGGUUCCCCACCUACGAAAUGGACUACUUCAGGCCCAAGCCUUUCAUGUACAACUUCACAGCCCAAUCUCUUAGCCAAAGUGUAUCGUCUUCAUCGAUGGAGGUUGGUGUGGUCCCAGAGCAGACGGCCAUGUCGGAAAAAUCCGAAGCGGAUCCUCCUCCUCCGGUUCCGGUUUCGGGGCAGGACAGAGAUGCUAGGGUUUUGAGAUACAGAGAGAAGAGGAAGAACAGGAAGUUUGAGAAAACCAUUAGAUACGCUUCCAGAAAGGCAUAUGCGGAGACACGGCCUAGAAUCAAAGGCAGGUUCGCCAAAAGGUCCGAUUCCCUUCUUUUUAAUUAAAUCUGUAAAUUUUCUUCUUCAAUUUGAGUUGUUAUUGAAUGUUGUUAUUCGAAGAUCACGCGGCUGGCCUGGCUGUUGUGUGUACGUAAGUUAGGCUUAUGUGUUUUCCCAGUUUGUAAUGAAAUCAAAUCUUGUGGGAUUCUCGUCAUCUCAAUUCUUGAAUUCAUUACUACUGUUGCCCAAAUCUCUUAUUACUGGUUUAUGGGUGGAAUAAGAAAUUGCCUUUCACCAUGUGGCCCAUGAUUGAGAAUUUCUAUUUAAACCAGUAAUCAGUGUUUUAGUUUCAUUCGCCAUGUGGCUGAUGAUUAAGAUUUUAUAUCUAUUUAAAUCGAGUUUAUUUUCACCAUGUGACGAAUGAUUGAGGUUUUUUUAUUCAAAUUCAUCAAACAUGUGCAAGAGUAGGUGACUGAGUAUUGUGUGUGUAAAUGAAGUUUACAUUUGCCUAGCUUGUUUGAUAGUAUUUUUUCAAUGUAAUCAAAACUCUUGACAAAUGGUGCAGCAUACAAGUAUUCUUCGUGAGUAAAAUAAAUAUGAUCCUUUGAAGAGUGAAUGGUGAGACAAUAUUAUGAAAUCAAAACUUUUUUGAUCAAAAUCACGAAAAACUAAGAAUAAAAAAAAGGAUAAUAGAAUUUGAAAUUGAUUUUGUGUAACAAAGUGUAGUACAUAAGAGUGUAUUGCAGAAUGGAAAUCACUUGUAAUAGAUUUGAAAGUUGCAGCAAGUGCAAAAUAAAACAUUUACCAGUUAUGGGUUGACGAGGGCAAGGUCGAUCCUAUUUCAUGGGGCAGUGAUAACUACAUGUGAGUAGGGUGAAAUCAACCAUUGUCACGCUACAAGAAUAAUCAUUUUUAGUGACGAUAAUUUUUGUCGCUAUGUCGUCACAAAAAAUAC